AUAAUUACGGUAAAUAAUGAGUUUUGCAUAAAAUACAAGUCGUCCUUUGGAAUGGUUUAGGCCUUAGGUUAUAAAAGAGAGAAUCGAGAGUUUAAUGAGGUAUCGUCCGUUUUACCUGUUAUAGUGUAUAUAUAGAGAUGUAGAUCUGUUUCAAUAUUGUCGGAUUGCGGUAAAAUCAAGAGACGCGUCAUAACGGUAAUAUAUGAGAUUUGUAUAAUAGUUGAUAGUUGUGAUGAUACUUGUUAUCAUGUGAUAAGCCCGCUAUUUAUGGUGUAUUGAGAUGCUGUGCGGUCUGCAUGUCUCUCCGUUAUAAUGCGAUAACACAUAGAUAGUGGACAGGGGUUGGGGUUACUGUCUCAGUUACCCAAGCUUGUACAACAUUGCUCUACGCCCUCCGUUUGCUCCGUCGUCAAUGAAAAUUGAGUGGACGUUGCAGUCCUCGGAAUGGAAAAAAAUGACACCAAGCGGGUAAGGUGUUCAGGAAUCUUUCUCGAAGAUGUCCGGGAUAUUGACACAGUCCGGGAGUGUAAGAAACAGGCCUGUUGGAGAUCCAAGAAAAAAAGCGCUAAAUUACUGUGUCUAGCGCUUCUGUAUGUAGGAUUUGUUGUGUGUAAUGUUCUAACUCGGGUGUACAACGAAAUCCAGAAACAGGAAGUGGAUGGAUACGAUAAGGUCAUACGGGUCAAGAGAAAUGCCGAAAUUGAUGUCCGGAAAAUUAAUGGAUCUCUGGGACAAGAUUCACAAAAUGAUUCAGAACAUGAGAAGUGUACACCACGCUCAGUGGAGGAGUUUCCAGGAAAUUUUAUGUCUUUCGAGGAAACUCGGGAUGGGGGCGUGUUCGCUCAUAUUUUGAUUGUACUGUACGUGUUCGGAGCCUUAGCCAUUGUGUGUGACGACUACUUCUGUGCUUCUUUGGAAAUUAUAUGUGACGAGUUGAGUCUACAGGAAGACGUCGCAGGUGCUACAUUUAUGGCGGCUGGGAGCUCGGCUCCAGAGUUUUUCACGGCUUUAAUAGGUGUUUUUAUCGCCGAGAGUGACGUGGGAGUGGGAACAAUUGUUGGAUCCGCCGUCUUCAACAUCUUAUUCAUUAUAGGAGUUUGUGGACUCUUUGCAGGAAUGAUUGUGCGGCUAACAUGGUAUCCGGUCCUACGUGACACUAUAUACUACCUCCUCUCCGUAGCAGCGCUGAUCAUCACCAUAUACGACAACGAAGUUCAGUGGUAUGAAGGCUUUGUUCUGGUAGCCAUGUAUAUUAUGUACAUCAUUUUGAUGUAUUUUAACAAAUCAAUUGAACCCUUCAUGGAGGGACUAAUCAAGAAAAUCAAAGCCCGGAAACACGCCAAAAAACAUCGACACGAAGACCAUAACUCAAACCAAACCGAGGCUGCUAAACCGCUGUAUUAUGAAAACAGCAAAGCAACGCCCAAUGGUUCCCCCAACUCGAACGACGACGAAACAACAUUUAGUGUUAGGAAAGAUGAGGAAGACAGCAGUGUCAGCGAGGAUAAAGAAAGCGAUGAGGACGAAAAAGAUUUCCACCCACCAGAAGGGCACAAAGAUUCCAAAGAAUACGAGUCUCCGUGGAAAAUCCCGGACACUUUCCUAAAGCGCGUGUUUUGGGUGGCCAUGAUUCCAAUGCACGCCUUAUUCUUCAUUUCAAUUCCGGACUGUCGGCGGCCUGGUAAAUGGCAUAAGACUUACCCUUUGACUUUUGUGAUGUCGAUUGCAUGGAUCGCUGGACUGUCUUACGUCAUGGUAUGGAUGGUAACCGUUGCGGGUGAUGCACUAGAAAUUCCGGAGACAGUUAUGGGACUUACAUUAUUAGCAGCAGGUACAAGUGUACCAGACUGUCUUUCAAGUCUCUUUGUAGCCAGGGACGGUUUGGGAGAUAUGGCAGUUUCCAACUCUAUAGGGAGCAAUGUAUUUGACAUUUUGAUGUGUUUGGGUCUCCCAUGGUUGUUAAAAUCCCUCAUCCUAGAAGAUGGAGACCCCAUCCCGAUCAAAAGUGAAGGACUCACAUACUCUGCCAUCACGCUCUUAUCCACAGUGGUAUUUCUAAUGAUCGCCAUGUUUGUGACAAGAUGGCGACUAAACAAAAAGUUCGGUGUUGUUUGUUUGUUGGUAUAUGUUGUUGUGAUCGUUUUUUCCUGUCUUUAUGAACUUAAUGUAUUCGGAAAUUUCAACAUCACUGACUAUUGUGAAAGGAAAUGAUUGUACACAUAGAUAGAAACGUCAAGUUAAAUUUAAAAAAAAAAACAAAACACCAGUACUCCAUCAUUGCAAAUUAUUUUACAUAGAGACUGUGUCAGAUAUAUACAAUACAGAAAUAACUUGAAAUGCUCUGUGUAUUUAAUUUUGUACUGCGAAAAAUCAUUUUAAAACAUAUAAAAAAAAAAGAAUUAAACUUGUCCUCUUAAAAAAUAUUUUUCUUGAUUGAUACUCUUUAAAUUGUCACCCUGGCAGACGACAGUUUGGGGAAACAAGAAAUCUACCUAGUAUCCCCUCUGAAGUUUGAAGGUCUCAUUUCUUGUCCUGUUUGCCUGUCCGUAAAAUCUCCGGAAUUUGUUAUUAACGAAUUGUAAUGGAUAUCAAGCUUGAAUCAAGGAGGAAUAAAUUAAAUUGAGAAGUGUAUAUAUGAGGUGAAAAUGUGCAUUUUUUGCACCAAAACUAGUCACUUUAUAUUGCACCAGAACUGUCACUUUACAUUAUACCAGAACAAGUCACUAUGAAAGAAGAUACGAAAUGUAUCCAAUCUUUUGUAAAGCAAAGUUGUUAGUAAAGUCGUUGGUAAAGACAUCAGAUUAACCGUUUAAUUUUGAGUGCCCUGUUGCUGAAAUCUUACUCCAGUCUUUCACAUGUUUAUAAAAAAAACCCCACAUUUAUAGCUAUCUGGCAUUAUUUACUUUUAAUACGGCAAUAUAUCAACAAGUUUUCCUUAGUGAAAUUCUGUAUAUGUACACAAAAAUGUCAAAUUAAUUUAGAAAAGUAGAACAAGGAAAGAAAACAUUGUGAAAACUGAAUUAAUAUUAAAUUAAUAUGGGUAUCAUAAAUAUAAAAGAGUAAAUGAGAAAGGGAGCGGGGAUGGGGUACGGGGGAGAAGAGAAACGUAAUAGUAGAGGUCACAAUGUAAUGUGUAUAAAAACACAGCAAAGCUAUGUUUGUUUUAAUAGUUUAUUUUGAACAUUAUUUGCUUACGACUAGUAUUAACGUUUAUAAUACUUCAUAAAAGUGUUCCAAUUUUCUUACAUGCAUUUACUACCUACUACAAAUACCAAGUAACAUUCCUAUAUAUGUUAGUUUACGUGCCAAAGAGGUGUAUAUUGUUCUUGGGGUGAAAUAAAUUUUAUAGUAAAAACAAAACAACCAUCAAAAUAAUCUGAGAAGACGUAUUGUUUUCAAAAAAGUUUAUAACCCAUAAUUUUUAAAAGUAACCUAAACAUGUCAUAAAUACCUAAAAGAGAUUUUUGUUUCGUGUAACUUUUCAUUUGACUUAAAUUAUUUGUAUUGCCUUAUACUAUCCGUUCAAACAUUGAUGAACAUUGCAAGAUAUGUAUAAUAGGAUAAUGAUAUUUGUUUUCUCAUUAAUUUUCUGAGAAAAUGAUGCAAAUAAGACAUAUUUUGAUUAUUGUAUGAAGUCUUAUCCUGUCUUAUUAUCUGUAUAUUUUGUUAAACACAUUUGUAAAUGUAACAGUUAUAUUUUGUAAAUGUAUCAAAAAUACUUGUUCGUGCUGUUGUUCAAAGCAUGGAGAGAUACAGUAUACUCUGUUGUUUUGUAAUGUACGAUGUAAACAUCAAUAUUUAUUGACUUUGUUUUGAAUUUCUAUCGUUAUAGACAGUACAGAUAGUUGGUCCGAAAGACAGACAUGUCUUCUGUUGAUAUUUUCAGGACAUAAUUAAUAUGUUAUCUUUUGCCAAAAUCUGUAAUUUUGUUAAGAUCUCAAUUUUAAAAGCAAUCCUAAUUACAACAUAAAAAUGUUUCUGAAUGAAAGAUUUUUUGCACAACCUUUUUGUGGUGAAAUUCACGCGUACGCAAAAAGCAUACUUAAAAAUUCUUAAAAACAUAGGAACAUACAAAUUGCAAGCGCCUUCGGGCACUCUAGUUAAGGACAGUCUACUUUGUGCUUAAAAGAGUUAUGGGUAGGGGUUCCUGAAUGACGAAGAUACUGUAUUAUUCAAUUGUCAUCAUGAACUAAAUGUUGGAACUUAUUUUAGAGUAUCAUGAAAGGAAAAAAAAAUAUACAUGUAUACUUUUAUUAUUAAUAAGAAAUUUGAAAACUCGCAGCCCUUAGGAAGUUGUUAAUGUUUGUAUUGAAGAAUUUUAUUCCUGUGAGUAAUAUUGAUUUAGGAGUGACAGACAAGAACUUAGGAAAAUUGAAAAUAAAUUAGCUAUUGCCAAUCCUCCGUUAGCUAAUAACAAGACGGUAUCAGACCUUGUUAUAACGGUAUUAUAUCUCCAUAUAAGAUGGUCUGUGGAUUCUAAUGACUCGAAGAGUGGCAAAUGUGUAUUUCAGUUGAAAGGAUUGAGCCUAUGAAACAAUCCAUCGCAUAGACAUGAAUAUUAGACAAAACAUUGAAGAAUAUAUGUCGUUUUAUUUUUUGGUAUGAAUAAUAGACAAAAAUUGAAAAAAUAUAUGUCGUUUUCUUGGGUAUGAAUAAUAGACAAAGAUAUAUCGUUCUCAUGGAUAUAAAUUAUAAGAGACAAACGUUGUUUUCUUGCAUAUGAAGUAUGGCGAAACAUUGAUAAAUAUAUGCCGUUUUGUUGAUGUAGUAAUGCAGUUGUUAUCCUCGAUCUCUAUUUAUUGUUAUGUGUUGAUGAAAUAUUUUGAUAGUCGAUGAGAGAUUGUAUGUCCCAAUUGUUAUUUGAUCCGCCACUAUAUUAUGGGUGGAUCUCCCUCUAUGUUUACUUGUGAUAGAGUGCCAAAUGUGAACGUCUAGUUAGACCGUACAUACAAUGUAAUAUCUGAUUUAAUCAGAUAAGCACUACUAGAAUGAAUAAAAUAAUUUGAAAAUUUCAAA